AUGAACGGCAUCAUCUCCAAGUCCAUGCAGGACAAGGACGUCGUGAGUAUCGUCAGGGAUAGCGAAAAAAGGUGCAUCUUGUUCGCCAGUUGUUACAUAAUGGGGGUGGUCGGAUCUGCCUGCAACUAUGUGGUAACUCCGUUAAUAGAAAAUAUGAGCGAGAACAAGACGAAGGUACUCCCCCUCAGGAUGUGGAUCAAGAUUGUCCCAUAUGAAGAAACGCCCUACUUUGAAAUUACGUAUAUCCUGCAGGCAUUUUCGGUGAUACUAACCGCGGCAACCGCGUUCUCCUUCGCAAACUUCAUCAACACCAUCAACCUCCACACAGCCGGGCAGUUUAAAAUUGUUCAAAAAAGAUUGCAGCUGACGUGCACGCCACGUUUCGAUUUAAAGGACAGAAAUCCAUCCCAGCACGCUGCCGAGGCUCACUAUAAAUUCAAGGAAUGCGUAAAACAGCAUAAACUUUUGAUCUGGUUCAUGCAGGAGGUGGAGAACAUGUGCUGCUAUAUCAUCCUCAUGCAGGGGAUUGGGUCCGCCGUGUUGAUAUGCUUUAGCGGGUUCCAGCUGUUCCUGGCAACGGAGACUCAGCUGCGCAAGAAGCUGAACGUCAUGCUUGUUUCACUCUCUAUCUCCGAACUUUUCAUGAUAACUUGGUCUAGCAACGAUAUCAUCGUCCAGAGCUUGGCGAUCGCCGAUGCGGCCUACGACGCCGACUGGCAUUUUCUGUCUUACGACAAAGAGGGAAAGGCUUUGAGGAUAGAACUAGUCAUGCUGCUAGUGCGAGCAAAGAGGGCCUGCUAUGUCACUCUCGGCAGGUUUGGCCCGAUGUCGUUGGAGACCUUCAAAUCGGUUAUGACAUCGGCAGCCUCAUACUUCACGCUGCUUCGGAGUAUCAGCGACGAAUAA